CGUAAUUUGUGUCGAGAAAUUUCGAUGAAAACUGGAUGGAUUUGGCUGCCAUACCAGUGCUGAAAAGCUGCAUAUAUUGUGAAUAUCUCUGUUGCGCUAUCGAGUCGAUAAUUUAUCGCGUAAUAUACAUACAGCGUAUCUCCAUCUUCGUCCUAAGGAUGUUUCAACUCGACAGGUGAUAUUUUCGCAACACGUACGAACAGAUUUCAGAACGAUCGGUGUGAAGAUGAUCACUUGUCUAAUCGAACGUUACGGAGUAUCAAAUUUCACACGGACGCUUGUCAAUUGUUCGAAGAGCGAACGAAUUGAAUUCUCUGCAGCGUCGCGUCGGUUCGCGACAUUGAAAAACCAACGGGUCGAAAAGUCGUGUUUUGAGACCCUGCGAUAAGUGAGUAAACAAAGUGUCUCUCAGUGUUUACAAACGCGCCGCGAGUCGAUGCAUGCAGUUUAUUAUCCUCGUUACGUCGUGAUUUGCGAUUCGAAUAUUGUGCCCUACUUAUGCAAAUUCCUUCGUCCGCAAACGUCGUGUUGUCGUGUUUUCUCGCAGUGAUUAGUGAAAUGUAAUUAACAGUGUUACUGUGAUUAGUGACGUACGUAAUUAGCCAAAGUUUCGAGACGACAAAAAGGCGGUGUGAUUGUGACCACGGCGAUGAGGAACGUUCCGUAAUAAGGAAGGUGCAGAAGCAGAAGAAGAAGUAGAAGAAGAAGAAGAAUAAACGAUCAGCACGGUUUUUCAAGCCUGUGUCAAACUGGGAUUGAGAAACUUGAAGGGAUCGGCAAAGACAAAACAUUACCUCCAUGGGAUAUUCCUCAGGAUUAAAUCGGGACAAGUCGAUAACCGGACUAGAAGGCAGAGGUCCAAGAAUUGGACUUUGAGGAGCCGAAGAGCUGUUGAAUACGACACCAGCGCCCAUGGGAAGUUCUUCCGUUCUUCUGUAUCCGGUGCAGACGCAUUCCGAGUUGUUAUUUCCCUGGCCAGAUGUUUGGAUAAUGGAUAACAAGAUAACUGAAAUCGAGACCCCCGAGGUACCCAAGAAAGAAAACGAAGUAUGUAAGCCGGUUGAACAAACUAAGGAGAGAAAAAAUAUGAAGGAAGAGAAGGCGAGAAAAAAGGACGACAAGAGCGUGGAGCAAGUUUUGAAGGCGUUGAGCAGUUUGGAUACGGCUGAGGAAAAAUUGGCAGCGAUGUGUAAAAAAUAUUCCGACAUUGUGGACGACAAUCGAAAGCUCCAGUUGGCGUUGAAACAGGCUGAGAAAAAGGUGGUGGUGGUACAACGCGAGAAGGAACAGUUUCAGAGCGAGCACAGCAAGGCUAUACUGACUCGAAGUAGGCUCGAAAGUUUGUGCAGAGAAUUGCAGAGGCAGAACAAGGCGGUCAAAGACGAAAGUUUGCUUAAGAUCAGGGAGGAGGAAGAAAAGCGAAAAGAAGUAUCUGCCAAGUUUCAAAGCACAUUGUCGGAGAUAACUGCCUUGAUGAGCCAGAAUAAUGAGAAGAAUACAAAACUACACGAAGACAAUUUGGAGAUGACAAAAAAGUUCAAGUCUGUUUGCGAACAGUACGAAAUUCGCGAACAACAGGUUGAAAAAAUGCAGCAGCAGAUGAAACUCGAGGCCCAAUUGGCAGAGGCUAAGUUAGCCAAGGCUAAAAUGGAGAUGGCUGCUGAGAAGGAAGUACUACUCAAAGAGAAACAACAGCUUUUACUCAACCUAACCGAGUACCAAGUCAGGAUACGAGAACAUCAGGCAACGGAGGUCGGCCUGAGAGGGCAGAUUAGUAUGUACACAGACAAGUACGACGAGUUCCAAAAUGCUCUGACUAAAAGUAACGAAGUGUUUGGCGGAUUCAAAGACGAAAUGGAGAAGAUGUCGAAGAAAAUAUUGAAGCUGGAGAAGGAGACGAGUUCGUGGAAACAGCGCUGGGAAAAUAGUCACGCGGCGCUUCUUGAGAUGGCGGCCGACAAGCAGCAAAGGGAUGCGGAGUUAGCAACUACGAGUAGAAAGCUGGCGCAGCUCCAGCAGCUUUGCAGAGCUCUCCAGGGUGAGAGAGCUUCGCUGUUGGCGCAGUUGAGGGGAAAGGACGUGGCGAAUGCGGGUCCGGAAGCGACGGACGAAGCUGUGAACGAGGAGAGCAUCAAAUCCAUAAAGCAGGUUGACGAUAUAUCGAAGGACUGUCAACAGUUGAAAGAGAAUCUCGUACAGCUGCAAGGCUCCCUGGCAGAGGCUAUAAAGAAAGAAGAAGAAGAGAAGCUGCAAAAGGCUGACGAGGAAGAAGCGCAGCGCCAGAAAUCGGAGCCGGAAGAACGACAGGAAAUGGUGAUACUAAAUGCAAACGUUGAACAUUCGACGGAGCGGAAGUCCGAGAUAAAAGACGAGGCACAGUUGAAAAACAUUGACGAAAACGUUGCAGCGUCGAAUCCUAUGGAAGUCAAGUCAGACGAACCUAAAGCGGAAAAUAACGAAACGAACGGCGGAUCUACGAUCAGUGAGGAACCGCCUCGUGAGAUAAACGGAGAAAACGAUUCGGCGAUCGCUGUAAUCGAUUCAGUGACGGAUAAAAAUGCCAGUAUUGAAAAGAAGGUCGAACAAACGGUUGAAGUUUCCUGUCCCGCGUUAAAGGACGAAGAUAAAUCAGUCGAAUCUGCCUGCCCAGGAACGAAGAAAGGAAAGGACGGUAAAAAGAAAAAGAAAUAGGUAUCGGCGGGCCGCGGAAUUUCGAUUAUUUUCAACGUCAUCGACGAGAAGAAUCUGCCCUAUAGUUAUACGCGUACAUAAAUAUAGUUAUUAGCAACAACACACGACCUACGAAUCAAUACGGAUCAACAAUGCGUAAAUUAUGACGAAAUCUUCACUUUCUUUAUACCGCACGUAGUAUGCAUUACAAACAUCGAGCAGAUAUUUAUUUAAAAUAAUUAUAUACGACACGUAGUUAUUAACGAAUGAUUUUUGUGCCUUCGAAUAAUCAUGCUCUACCAAUGUAUAAUGUAAUAAUUUUUCAAUUGUAAAUUAGGUACACCUAGGCACCUUAGCCUUUUAUAUGUAUACAAAGAAAAGUGUAUGAGCUGAAAAAAACAAAAACAAAACGGGAAUAACUUUUCUUACGACCUGUCAGUUCGAGUUAAUCGAUUUUCGAAACGGCGCUGAAACGUGAUCAACAAGCAAAAUUCCUCAGUUUUCGUUGAAUCCCCGUUUUGAUCGCUCUAAAAUCGUUGUAACAACUCUUACUCGUUGCAACGGUGUAAAUACAAACCCUCGUAAAAUCUU